UGACAAAUCCCUUUUUGUUCCUCUCAGCAUCCCACCUUCUCGUGCACAGAUGUUACGAUAUAUGCGGAAGUCUCUGACAAAAAGUGAGUGGCAGGUGAUAAUUUGUCAUUGUUGAUAAUGAGCAGCACUUUGUGCGUCACGGUGCGCCCGAGGACUCUCCACCCUGCAUGUUAAUUGCAGACAGAGCAGCAUGUGAUCCUUCUUUCCUCCAGUAGUCCUGCGAGCGUCAGUCAGUAGGCAACCAUACCGACACACAACUGCUGGCCGGCGGAUGUGUUCACGCAUCGUUACACAUUUUCUGCGUUCAUCAUAAACCCUGGAUGUUGUUGACCGCUGCUAAAGACUCACGGACUGAGGCCUAAACUGAAAUCCAGCUGUCACUCCUCAGCAUCUCUCCUAUAACUACAUUCGUCCACCUCUUCUCCACUCUCCGCCUGUAUCACCUUGUUCUGUUCCCAUCGGACUCUGUCUCGCUCUCUCUUUCUCUCUCCAUCCCCACCCCCUUCCCUCCCCUCAGCCUCCCUGAUGCCUAAGAACAGCAAGGUGACGCAGCGUGAGCAGAGCAAUGAGCACGUCACAGAGUCAGUGGCUGACCUGCUCGCACAUGAGGAGCCGCUGGACUACAAGAGCAGCUCCCUGAACGUCGUAGGGGACGCCGGGAAAAAGGUCCCGCAGAUAGAGGUGCCCGAAGACGAUGGACGCCCCGCCUGGAACAGCAAACUGCAGUACAUAUUGGCCCAGGUGGGCUUCUCUGUAGGCCUGGGGAACGUGUGGCGCUUCCCUUACCUGUGCCAGAAAAAUGGAGGAGGUGCCUAUUUGGUUCCAUACUUCAUCCUCCUCCUCCUAAUCGGCAUCCCGCUCUUCUUCUUGGAGCUGGCUGUGGGUCAGAAGAUCCGACGUGGGAGCAUCGGGGUCUGGAACUACGUUUGUCCCAGUUUGGGUGGGAUAGGAAUGUCCAGUCUGAUGGUGUGGGCUUUUGGGGCUUAUAUAAUGUAUCCGGCUGGACAUUUUUAUUUUUUCCCGUCCUUCGACCUCUUAUGGGCAGUCCCAAUCAAAAGGGAAAUGGGACACUUCUCCAUCUCCUUCCGUCUGCACUAUACAGUUGUGGAGCCAGAGUGUGACAAAAGCUCAGCCACGACCUACUUCUGGUACCGUCAGACGCUGAACAUCACCAGCACCAUCGCAGAGAGCGGCGGCCUUAACAUAAAAAUGACCCUGUCUCUGCUGGUGGCCUGGAUCAUCGUCUGCCUCGCCGUCAUCAAAGGAAUUGCCUCCUCUGGGAAGGUGAUGUACUUCAGCUCUCUUUUCCCAUAUGUGGUGCUGUUCUGUUUCCUGGUCAGAGGUUUAAUGCUGAAGGGAUCAGUGGAUGGCAUUGCUCACAUGUUCACUCCCAAGUUGGAGAAGAUGCUGGAGCCCCAAGUGUGGAGGGAGGCAGCCACCCAGGUCUUCUUCGCCCUGGGUCUGGGGUUUGGAGGAGUCAUAGCCUUCUCUAGUUACAAUAAGAUUGAUAAUAACUGUCAUUUUGAUGCUGUGCUCGUCUCUCUCAUCAACUUCUUCACCUCCAUUCUGGCCACGCUGGUGGUGUUUGCCGUGCUGGGCUUCAAGGCCAACAUCAUGAAUGAAAAGUGUGUCAUAGAGAAUGCAGAGAAGAUCCUGGGAUACCUCAACUCUGAUGUCCUGAGCCACGAUCUCAUCCCGCCACAUGUAAACUUCUCCCAUCUCACCACAUCAGACUACGCUGAAAUGUACGGGGUCAUCAAAGCGGUUAAAGAGGGCGGCUUCGCCCAGCUGGGUCUGGAGCCUUGUCUCCUGGAGGACGAGCUGAACAAGUCUGUCCAGGGCACCGGCCUGGCCUUCAUCGCCUUCACAGAAGCCAUGACCCAUUUCCCAGGAUCUCCGUUCUGGUCUGUCAUGUUCUUCUUCAUGCUCAUCAACCUUGGUCUGGGCAGCAUGAUCGGCACCAUGACCGGCAUUACCACACCUGUCCUCGACACCUACAAGGUCCAGAAGGAACUUUUCACAGUGUGUUGCUGCAUUGUGGCCUUCUUCUGUGGCCUGUUGUUCGUUCAACGCUCAGGGAAUUACUUUGUCACCAUGUUUGAUGAUUACUCUGCCGGACUGCCUCUCACAGUAGUGGUCAUCCUGGAGAAUCUGUCUGUUGCUUGGAUUUAUGGCACAAAAAGGUUCAUGCAGGAUCUGGAGGACAUGUUGGGUUUUCGACCAUGUAUAAUCUAUUUCUACCUGUGGAAGUACGUCUCCCCUCUGUGUCUCAUUGUGCUCAUCUCAGCCACUGUCAUAGAGAUGUCCAUCAGCCCACCAGGAUACAGUGCCUGGGUCGAAGAGCUGGCUCAGGAACGCUUCCAGAGCUAUCCCCCAUGGGCACUGGCCAUGUGCUUCGCUCUCAUUGUCGUGGCCAUGCUUCCUCUCCCUGUUGUCUUUAUCGCUCGUCGCUUAAACCUGAUGUCAGACGGCUCCAACAAGCUGUCUGUCUCCUACCGUAAAACCAUGAUGAAAGACAUGUCCAACCUGGAGGAGCAGGACGAGGCCAGGUUCAUCCUCGGCGCCAAGCCUGGCGAGGCGCCUUCAUCAGCACCAGCACAAAGGGCCUACCUGACUCCAGGAGGGACCAAAACCCUGGAUGCCAACUCCCUGUCUCCAAACAGCUGCUACGGUACGAGCUACCAGAACGCUGCCAUAAGCCCCACCACACCAACUACACCGACCACGCCAGAGUCUGACUCUUGACUGCUGUCCAAACACCCCUUUGACACCCAGUAGCAGUUUACCUUCCAGCCAUAAAGUCUCCACCGAGGGUCACUGCAGCGCUGAGAAUCCCCACCACUGCCCGACUAACACCAAAAACUGUAUGUAGCCGCCCAAUUUAUCUGAACACAUGCUUUCCAAAAUAAUACCAAGGAAUCAUCUGCAGCAGGAUGGGGGAAAAAAGACAAAAUUCACUCUUAACAGUAAUUGAAACAUGGAAAUCAGGGUGAUACUGACAGUGACACACUGUAAGUCUAAAUAUAUUCUGUAUAUAACAUCAUAGGAUUUAUGUGCUUAAGAUGAAGUUCUGUGAUUCUCUUUUUUUGACUAGUAUAAGGAUCUUCAGCAGACACAGCCCCCCUCCCACACACACAGUUUAAUGUUAAUGCACAUCCCCAUCUGCAUAGAGGGGAUGAUAGAAUGAAUGUAGUGGACUCGGUGUGGUCCUGCUGGUUGAACUGGUUUUCACUGGCACAGAAAGCCAAGACGAAUGUGAGUUUAUUAUUUUAAGGUUUAAAACCUGUCCUCCGUAGUUGUACUGUGUGCCAUACAGUCUAGUUUCUUAUGUAGUGAAUUAAGUGUCUACACAAGCACCUCUGUUUUUAUGUCUGAGCUAGAAAACACUUCUCAUUGGGUAGAUCUGUUUUCACAGAGCUGUGUUUUGUAAACUAUGCUUAAGGCUGCUCUAAAGACAUCCAUCUAUAAUCCAUACCCUGUUGUGUUUUAUUGUAGCCAGUAUUGUGUAUCUGUAAACAAUGGUAUGCAGUAUAGUAACAUGGAUAUAGAAUAUUAUUUAUGUUCUAAAGCCACAUUCUCAUCAUCUGUUACACGCACAUUAUAACAUGUGAAAAUCACUCUUUUAGUUUCUCCUCCUGAGUAACUUGUAGACAACAAAGCACUUGAAAUGUAUGUAUUUAUGUUAAAGUAUAAAGAAAGGAUAUGCGGAGUUGUGUUGAAAGUGAACUACAAAGAGCUUGUUUUAAGCUCAUGAGACUGAAACAUAAAGCAUUCAAAUUCUUCAUUGACAGAAAGCACAGCUUGUUCAUGUGAAUUUGCUUUCUUCCUAUAAUGCUACAAAAGCACAAAGAGAUUUUACACAAUGAUUGCACAGAUAAAUCAAUGACCGUAAUUGUUGACGUAUAGUUUUGAAGAUUUAUGCACACGUGAAAUUGAAAUACUUGCUGCAGUUAAAUAUGUCCCACACAAUGAGUAAGCAAUAUAUUUCUAUCGCAGCACAAACUAUGUUCAAUAUGGACCAAAAAUUCAGCAAUGGACCAAAAGAUUGAGGAAUUUAAGGAACAGAUAUCCAAGUAAUGGAAUAUUAAUCUCGCACAUAUGCUCAAAUGCACACAUGCACACUGUUUCUGUAUAUUUAUGGAAUAAUAAACCUCAUGAAGUGUUAUUGAAACAAACACUACGGUUUCUUUGUGAUGAAGAGCUUUGACUCCAUGUUAAACCAGUCUGGGUUACGUUAGUAAGAUGGAUAUAUUUCCCUGAACCUGAUUCAUUUUUGUAGUCAAUAGUGCAUAGUGGUGUGCAUAACUGUCAACAAGUUUGAACUGAGCACAUUCAAGUUCCUGUUACAUGGAAGGGGAUACCUUUAUUUAUUUUUUAUCACAAUAUUCUAAGCCAUGGUGUUAACAAUUAAAUGGACUAUAUUUAUAUUCCUGUAUAUUUGCGUGUGAUGAAGAACAAAGCGUUAUCUUUUAAAAGUUAUCAGUAUAUUUUCAUCUUGUGUGAUGCUUAUUCAAAAUGUAUAUUUAAAGAGGUAUCUAUUUUGUAGUUUAUGUAGCUAAUUCUUGUUGUGGAAUGUGAAAAUGCUGCUUGGAGGUAGAGGUGAUGUGUGAUGUGCAGAGUAGUCUUGUAUGAGUGGCAGCUAGUUCUCUGUUGUAUGAUGAGCUGUGUUUUCUUCUGGCUGUGCCCACUCACCUGUACCCACUUUAGCUUUACUGGUAUGCCUGACAGGAUAUCUCUCAAAAUUAUUUCAGUCUGCCUUAGCUACUCUUGACAUGAAUGCUCAAAUAGCAUGCUAACAAGCUAAAUGUAUGAAAACGCACACUUUAAAGGUGCAAUAUGUAAUACUGACAGCUAGUGUUUAAAAUAGUUACUGCAGUACAAAUUAAAAAUACUGGAGAGAGUUGUCUCCCCCGCCCCCUCCUCCCCAGACUCAAAGUUCAUGGAGGAUGCCAGGCUGAGACCGCAGCAUCCACAACAAUGUUGCUAGAGGCUUGUCUCAUAUAGGAAAUUACUUCACAGCACAGCGGAGUAGCUAAGGUUAGAUGCUGGCUAUACUGGCAGUCAUAAAAGCAUGUGCUCCCACACAGCUUUGUACCCAACUGGCAGACACACUUUUUCAGCUUAGAAUUACGGUAGGAACCGCUAAAGAUUCCACAAACUUCCCGUCCUUUUCCACCCGACUGAAAUACACACUUUAUUGGCUUAGAAUUACGGCAACAAUUGCUAAACACACUGCUAACUCAGCCCAUUCUCUUGGUUGAAAAUAACUCACCGCUCUACGGGCCGCUGUCAGCUACAGCUGCUGAAAAAGCUACACCUUGUAAACAGCCGUGGCCCGCUGGCCUGGUUCUCCGGUAACAUUAGCAGCUGGUAGGAUUAGCAUGGCGGCAUUAGCCAGGACCAGUCUGGAUAUCUUUACUGGCUGUCUCAUUUAUUUUUGCGAGUAAGUAAACAACUCAGGUACUGUAGCUAUAUACUUCACUGUGAGUACAUGAAUGUUUAAAUGACAUAAAAGGCCCGUCCCUAGUAGCCGUAAUAAAUAAAUAAAUUAACCUGAAGCUAAUGCUUACAGGUGUUGAGGAGGAAAUUGGCCAACUCAGCAUCCUUUCGGGCUCUAAUCUUUCAAAUACAUCUCCAAUAUUUCCCCAGGUUUUGUUAAGUCUCUGGUCGCGCAAUAAUUAGAAACAUGGCAGUUUUUUUUAGGUUGGGUAGAAUCUAUCUCCGUUGAUCCUGUUUGUUUGUUUGCUGCUUUCAUGGCUGUACUAACGUUACAGCUUUAGCAAGCUGGGUUUACAUUUUUACAGGUAUAUCUGACAACCUGGCCUGGCAGUCAAACUGGGCAGUUGAUAACAACACACAGGCCAAAACAUAAAUUCCGUUACGGUACGGAAAUUACAAAAGGAGAAAAUACUGGCAUUAGCAGUGUUGUCAGAAACGAUAUCUGAUGAUACAUUGGGGUCAUUUUUUGAUUUAUUACAGUAAAUAUAUUACAUAUUGGACCUUUAUAGUACAUGCUAAACAUUAGCAUUUGAUUAUGCUUCAUUUAGCAUGACAAGGUUAUUAGCAUACUAACCUAAAAUCUGAAAUGUAUGGUAUAUCACCAUGCUAUCCAAUAGUUGCUAGCAUGCAUGUUAAGAUGCUAACAAACCUUCAGUUAAAAUUCAGCAUUUGCACAAUUUUGGCAGAAUGUGAUGAAGAGGCACACAAUAUUCUGACUGACUUGGGAGUGUUGGUUACCCCAUUGAUUGCCUUGUAGUCAUUUAAACAACCAAUAAUAGCUACUUUUGCAGUGUUACAUAUUUGGAGCAGUUCAUUAACAAGUUAAAUCAGACCCAAACAAACACUGUAUUGCUACUUUUAAAGGACCAGUGUGUGGGAUUAAGGGGGAUCUAUUGGCAGAAAUGGAAUAUAGUUUUAAUAAAAGUGUUUUCAUUAGCGUAUAAUCACCUGAAACUAAGAAUACUGUCAUUCACACUUAGCUGCUUUCAUAGCUUAUAAUGAGUCUUUCAUAUUUACAUAGUGAGUGGGUCCUCUUCCACAGAGCCUGUCAUGUUGCACCGCCUUAUUUCUGCAGUUCAAACCAAAACC